GGCCCAAGCACCUACUGAUCCGAGUAGUGCGGAAACUGCUGACCCAGAGGAGAGUUCUCCAAAUAUGAUAGUCUACAGAAAGAUUGAAGACAUCGUUACAAGGAUGCAAGAUGACAAAACAGGUGGAGUUCCCAUCCGCACUGUCAAGAGCUUUCUGUCCAAAAUUCCCAGCGUGGUCACCGGUUCUGAUAUUGUGCAGUGGCUUAUGAAGAACCUCAGCAUUGAGGAUGCAGGGGAAGCAAUACACUUGGGAAGUCUUAUUGCUGCGCAGGGUUAUGUCUUUCCAAUCUCAGACCACGUCCUUACCCUGAAAGAUGAUGGGACAUUCUAUCGUUUUCAGGCACCAUACUUUUGGCCUUCAAACUGCUGGGAGCCAGAAAACACAGAUUAUGCCAUCUAUCUUUGCAAACGGACCAUGCAGAACAAAGCGAGGCUGGAGCUGGCGGAUUAUGAAGCCGAAAACUUAGCAAGACUUCAGAGAGCAUUUGCAAGGAAGUGGGAAUUCAUCUUCAUGCAAGCAGAGGCCCAAGUGAAAAUCGACAGGAAAAAGGAUAAAACGGAAAGAAAGAUUUUGGAUAGCCAGGAGAGAGCAUUCUGGGAUGUGCACAGGCCUGUGCCAGGUUGUGUGAACACCACAGAAAUGGACAUUAGAAAGUGUCGCCGUAUGAAAAACCCACAAAAAGUGAAAAAGUCAGUGUAUGGGGUUACAGAGGAGUCUCAGCCCCAAAGCCCUGUACACCUGCCCUCCCAACCAGUGCGCAAAACGACAAAGGAGGAUUUCCGGAAGCAAAUAACUUUUCUGAACAUGCAGAUAGAGAGACAUUGUUUAAAGAUGUCCAAAGUAGCAGAAAGUUUAAUAGCCUACACAGAGCAGUAUGUGGAAUAUGACCCCUUUAUAACUCCUGCUGAGCCUUCCAAUCCCUGGAUAAGUGAUGAUGCAGCAUUGUGGGACAUUGAAAUGAGCAAGGAACCUAGUCAGCAGCGUGUGAAAAGAUGGGGUUUCUCCAUGGAUGAGGUGCUGAAGGACCCAGUAGGACGAGACCAGUUCCUUCGUUUCCUGGAAUCAGAAUUCAGCUCAGAAAACCUCAGGUUUUGGUUGGCUGUCCAAGAUCUCAAGAAACAACCUUUACAGGAUGUGACCACCAGAGUGGAAGAAAUCUGGCAAGAGUUUCUAGCUCCUGGGGCCCAAAGCGCUAUCAACCUGGAUUCCCACAGCUAUGAGAAAACAAGCCAAAAUGUCAAAGACCCAGGGAGGUACACAUAUGAAGAUGCACAGGAGCACAUUUACAAGCUGAUGAAGAGUGACAGCUACGCGCGCUUUCUGCGUUCGAAUGCUUACCAGGACUUACUGCUGGCGAAGAAGAAGGGAAAGUCUCUGGCAAGCAAGCGCCUCACGGGCCUGAUGCAGUCCUCCUGACAGCUCCAGCCGACCGCCCCGC